AUGUGGUCCAUUUGUGAGAAAUCAGUGAAUUUUCUUGAUGAAAAAAAGCUAAACUAUCAGUCUGUUGAUGAAGUGCCAGAUUCUUUAUGUGAUACCUUUCUAGAAAAUAUCCAUGCCAGUGAAGAAGACAUCCAGUAUGUUGAGUCGCACACAUAUGGACAAUCUGAUAAUUCCAACUGGCAUGUAGCACGUAAAGGAAUGAUUACUGCAUCAAAUUUUAAAAAGUGUAUACAAACGUACUGUGGAUAUGGAGACAGACGCAAUGUUGGUCACGACACGGACACAGUGGAUAGGCGAACUGUUGGCAACGACACGGACACAGUGGAUAGGCGAAAUCCAGUGAUUCUGAUAGCGUCACAUAAAGAUAAAGCCGAACCGAAAACAUAUGCUACAACAUUAGCAUUCUUCGAAACAUUAAAAAAAUGUAUACCACAACAACAAGCGUUGGAAGACCUCCUGUCACCUGAUAGAUACUAUGAAGUUGAAUGUCCAGAGGGUCCACUAACUGCGACGCAAAAAGAUUUGAUUGGAAAAGUCAAAAAAUGUAUUGUUCAAACUGUCCAAAGAUUGCCGCAUUGGGGAGAAGAAAUACCUCUAUCAUGGGUGGGUUUCGAAGACAUUCUCAAACAGAAGAAAGCUGAAAGAGUCUGGAAGACAUCGAUAAUGUCGAAAAUGAAAGAAUUACAAUAUCUGACAGAGCUAGAAAUCGGUGACAUGCUUCGUUUUUUCCAUGAAAUUGGACAGAUUAUCUAUUUUGCAGAUGAUAAAUUGAAGGAUGUGAUCAUAAUUGAUGUUCAGUGGUUCGUCGAUGGAUUUAAAAACAUUAUCACGGAUUAAAACCAUCUUGCACGAGAGAUUAAAGA